UUUUCUGCUCAGUGAACUUGCACCUGUCCUUUUAUUUAUUUCGUUGAGUAUUUAUUGUAAAUGAUAAUGUCUGGAAUGUGGGAACUAUAUCGAAAGGAGGCUAUGCAAUGGGAGUAUGAAAUAGAUUCCAAAUUAAUAUCCUUGAGUAAAUUGUCCAUAAAAGGGAACGAUAGUUUUCAGCAAGUUAAAGAUAUUGUAACCCAAGAUUCAUCUGCAAUUGAUUCUAAUUUGCAAACAAAUUCUAUUGAUUUGAUAACAAAUGAUAUACAAAGAUUGUUAAUUCAUCUAGAGGAAAUAAAUGAAAAAAUGGGCAAUCAUGUACAAAAUCAUCAAGCAACUCCAACUCAAUCAAAUUUUCCUCCUACUUAUUUUCAUACCCUUCAAAGGCAUAGAGAAAUAUAUCAGGAUUAUAAGAAUGAAUUUGAAACAUUGAAAAAUAAUCUAAAACAUACAAAACAAAGAGAAGAUCUAAUAGGAUCUACAACUAAUUUAAUUAAAAAACAACAAAUACCUGAAUAUUAUAAAUAUUCUCCUAUAAAUAGAAGGACAGAUUUACAUUUAAAAGAACAGGAACAUUUAAAAAAUUCAGAAAAAUUGAUUGAUCAUCACAUUGAUAUGGCUUUUUUUACAAAGGAAAAUUUAAAGUUGCAGAAAAGAAAUCUUCUAAAGAUAUCAAAAAAAGUUAAUUUCAUUAUUGAAAAAUUUCCAAUAAUAAAUAGAUUGUCUCAAAAAAUCUCAUUAAAAAAGAGAAAGGAAACCAUAAUUUUAUCAUUUGUUAUUUCCACAUGUUUUGUAUUUUUAUUAUAUUAUAUGAUUCAUUAAAUCAUUUAUAUUUAAUCAAUGCUAAAUUUUAAUAUGUUUAGUUUAUCAUCAAAAAUAAAAUUAUGUAUUUUUAUUGAAUCUAUCUUUAUUAUAAAAAUAAGAGAAUAAAUUAUACAAUUAUAUUUAAUAAAUAUGGGCAAAAAUAUUCUUUUAUUUAUAAUUUUGC